AAGAGAGCAACCUUUCCCUUGACGCAGUAUGGACAUAAGUGAUACUUGAGCAUCAUAUGAUACGUGUGUAUAUAUUAUUCAUAAGAAAAAGUCUUGGUAAAUUAAUUAUUUAAAUACUUAAUUUAUUGCUCUUUCUUCUUCUUUGUGAGAAGCACACCACCACUCUCACUGCACUAGAAAUACCAACAAAUAGAGAGAGAUGACAGCGUAGAAGUAGUAGAGAGAGAGGAAUUCAGAAGUUAAAAGAAUAGUUUUUGUUUCUUUUACGAAUCCCAUAGAAUUGAAGAAGAAAACGAUAUGUCUGAGGGGUAUAUGCACCGUUUUAUAACCUGCUGCAACUAUAAGAGUGCUUCAAUUUUCACUGUGAUGACGAAGACUAAGACGAAGAAGACAGUGAUAUCAUGGGAAUAGGGUCGCCGUUGCUCCAUCCUCUUCAAUUCUCCAACAACCAAAAUUCCAUGUCACAAGAUUUUCAUCAGAAUAUUUUCAGUUUCUCGAAUGGAAUCGAUAGAUCCGAACAGCAGCACCAGAUUCGAAGCAAUAAACAAAGGGCUCAUGGCGUAGGGGCGGCGCCGUUAGUCGGUAUGGAAGAAGAUGGGCUUCCAAGCUAUGAAGGCGGCGGUAUAUUUUCGGAGAUGUUCAAUUUCUCAUCCGGCGCCACGGCGACGGAAUUGCUGGAGUCGCAGCUGGCGCAUCCGAGGGCGGCGGAGUGGUUCCUGCACCGCCAAGGCGCGGCGGCGGAAGGUGGUUUGGGGAAUUCGAAGAACGGGAGUGUAGUUAAUGAAACUGGAUCUUAUAAUCAUCACGAGAUCUCGAGCAUUAAUGCCGAUUCAGCUGCAGCCAUGCAGCUCUUCGCGAUGAACCCGCAGCAGCAGAGAUCUCCGCCGCCUUCUCCGUCUCCGCCGCCUGCAACCAACAUGCUGCUUCAAAACCCUUCUAAUUUCCCCGCCGGAGGGGCUUUCGGUCAUUUCACAUGGCCUGCCAACCCUAACGGAGCUGUGGAAGGGCAAGGGCAAGGGCUUUCUCUGUCGCUGUCUUCGUCGGCGGAGGAGCUGAGGCUCGGAUUAAUCUUCGGCCAAGGCGGAGGGACAGCUCCGCCGCCGCAGUAUCAUCGCUUCGACGGAGGAGUGAGCCACAACCGCCACUUAGGGUUGGGGUCUUCUUACACAUUGAGUAAUUCCAAAUACGUCAAGGCGGCGCAAGAUUUGUUGGAAGAGUUCUGUAGUGUCGGUAGGGGUCAGUUGAAGAAAAACAAAAUCGACAGCAAGAAUCCAAGUGGCGGCGCCGCCGCCGUCGGUGGAGGUGAUUCUUCGUCCUCUUCUAAAGAUCCCCCUCAUUUAUCAGCUUCGGAGAGGCUCGAGCAUCAAAGAAGGAAGGUCAAGCUAUCAGCCAUGCUUGAUGAGGUAGACAGAAGGUACAACCACUACUGCGAGCGGAUGCAGAUGGUGGUGAACUCAUUCGACACGAUAAUAGGGUUCGGCGCGGCGGCGCCGUACACGAGCCUCGCGCAGAAGGCGAUGUCCCGGCACUUCCGGUGCCUGAGGGAAGCCGUGGCCGAGCAAUUGCGACAAAGCUGCGAGCAGUUGGGGGAGAAAGACACCAUGAAAUCCGGCCUCACGAAAGGCGAGACGCCGCGGCUCAAAUUCUUGGAGCAGAGCUUGCGGCAGCACCACGCCGCGUUCCACCAUAUGGACCAAGAGGCGUGGCGCCCGCAGCGCGGCUUGCCGCAGCGCUCCGUCACCAUUUUGAGGGCUUGGCUUUUCGAGCAUUUUCUGCACCCGUAUCCAAGCGACGCAGAUAAGCACCUACUUGCUCGACAGACAGGUCUAUCAAGAAACCAGGUUGCAAAUUGGUUCAUAAAUGCGAGGGUCCGCCUCUGGAAACCCAUGGUUGAAGAGAUGUACCUACAAGAAGCCAAAGACCACUCAAACCCCACCACCACCACGGCCGCCGCCGCAGCAGAUACUUCUCCGCCUCCUGCUCUUGCUAAAAUCAAUGUGCUUGAAAGCGACCCUUCAUCCGUUUCAUUUAAUACCUCGGAAAACCACACCGACACCAAUCAUGCCUCCUCCCCCACCGCUGCGCCGCCGCACUGCUUCCCGCCCGGAGUUGAUCCCGCCAUCGUUAGGUUUGGGACGAGCUCCGGCGACGUGUCGCUGACUCUUGGGCUACGUCACUCCGGGGAGGAGUUCUUUCCCACUUAAAUUAAAGGCUUUUAAAUUGUAAUUAAUUAGUUAAUUAAUGGGUUAAUCUCAUAUGAUAUAACAUAAUCCCCUCUUUUGAUUUUGAUUUUGGUUUCUUUCUCCUAAAGAAAACACAUAUACGAUUGAGAGUGAGAGCGUAGGAACUAGUGUUAGCAGUGCGGGGAGAUUAGUCUUGAGUUUUAUCGUACAGUAAAUGUAUAGUUUCACAUUUAAUUUCCACGUUUUAUACAUCUCAAAUUCCGAUA